AUGAGAUUCGAUUUUUGCUCACUGACGUCAGCGAGCAAGAUCUGCCUUCGGGCUUACCCGGGCUGGUGGGACCCAGGGCUUGCCCGGGCUGCAUCUUAUGCACUGGAGCAGCAGCAGCCCUGCAAAUCCUGUUCUAGGGUUUCGCUCUCUUUCUUAAGGAAUUGCAGCGAGGACAAGGCUGUAACCAUGAGUAAGCUCUCAAGUGACGGGCUGAGAGAGGCCAUCGCUCAGAUUAAGACAAACUCAGAAACGAAAAAGAGAAAUUUCACCGAGACAGUUGAGCUUCAAAUUGGGUUGAAGAACUAUGACCCACAAAAGGAUAAGCGUUUCAGUGGCUCUGUCAGGCUUCCACAUAUUCCUCGUCCUAAGAUGAGGGUUUGCAUGCUUGGGGAUGCUCAGCAUGUUGAAGAGGCAGAGAAGAUGGGUUUGGACUACAUGGAUGUGGAAAGCUUGAAAAAGCUUAACAAAAACAAGAAACUGGUCAAGAAGCUUGCCAAGAAAUACCAUGCAUUUUUAGCUUCUGAAGCUGUCAUUAAGCAAAUUCCUCGUCUUCUAGGCCCUGGUCUUAAUAAGGCAGGUAAGUUUCCAACAUUGGUGAGUCACCAGGAAUCUUUGGAGGCAAAAGUGAAUGAAACCAAAGCAAUGGUGAAGUUCCAACUUAAGAAGGUUCUUUGCAUGGGUGUUGCUGUGGGGAAUUUGGCUAUGGAGGAGAAGCAGAUUUUUCAGAAUGUACAACUCAGUGUCAAUUUCUUAGUUUCACUAUUGAAGAAGAAUUGGCAGAAUGUGAGGUCCUUGAACCUGAAAAGUACCAUGGGGAAAGCAAUCCGUAUCUACUAA